GCGGUCACCGGCGGCGCCUCAAGCCCAGCGCUGCGGGGAGCGCCGCUCCGCCCGGGCGGGCCGAGACGGCGACCAGCGGACAGCCCUUGAAGCUCGGCUCGGAGGAGAGCGGCGGGACCACGGGGCCGGCGACACCGGGAUCAGCUUGGCGGCGCUGAGGGGCGCCUGUCCGCCGGCGGCGCCUCCAUAGAGAUUUGUUGCGGGGCGUUGGGGGGCCGGGACCGGCGCUGUCCCCGCCUGGCGCCCCAAUAAAGUUUCACUGAGAAGCCGGGCGAGCGCGUCAUCGGGCGGCGCGCGCGCGGAGGCGGCCCCGGCUCUCGCGAGAAGAGGAGAGAGAACGCGCGCGCAUCCGCCCCGCAACCGGAGGUCUCGCGGGAUCGGCGGGGCGGCCGCUGGGGCAGAGGGCGGUGGCGGCGGCUCUCGCGAGAAGAGAGCGGGUCUCGCGAGAAUUGGCGGGUGCUCUCCCCCCCGUCCCCCCCGUUGGACGCGGAGCCGUUUCGCUUUGGGAAGUGAGCGGGGGGCGGCGGGGCCGGGCCGGGCCGGGGGGCGGCGGCCGCUGGGGCUGCUGGCGGAGGGACCCGCGCGGGGCCCGGCGCUCAGGUGCUGGGGAGCUAUCGCGGGCCCAGGCCCCGCCUUCCCGGGGCGCCUCCGCGGCGGCGCUGCCCUCCGGGCCUGGGCCCCUCGGAUGAGGCGGUGAGGCCGGUGCCCUUCCCCCUUCCCUCUCCGGUUCUUCCCCCGCUCCUUCCGCCCUCCCCGGCGCGCUCCCUGCCCCGUUCCCCAUGUAGGAGGGGGUGCUGGUGGCAGGGAGGGCUCAGGCCGGGGUGAAUGGUGCGAGGAGCGGGCGCUGAGGAAGUUUGAAGUUUGGGGAGGGGGGGUUUCGGAGGAAUUAUUUUCCCCCCCACCUCCCCUUUCUCGAGCACAGUGGAGGAGGAAUGCCAAACCCGGAGAGACAUGGGGGCAAGAAGGACGGGGGCGGCGGGGGGUCCUCGCAGCACACGCCUGGCAGCGGGAGCUCCAACAGCAAGGAGAGGCACCGACCGGGCUCCCGGCACAAGCGCCACAAGUCCAGGCACUCCAAGGAGUCGCCGUUGGCAGCCCAGGAGACGGCGGCACCCUUGGGCGCGGUGAUCAAGCCGCUGGUGGAGUACGACGACAUCAGUUCGGAUUCGGAUACCUUCUCGGAUGAUGUGGCCUUCAAGCUGGACAGGAGGGAGAAUGAGGAGAGGAAAGGGGACAGGAGCGAGAGGAUGCAGAAGCAUCGGCACCACCAACACAAGCGCAUUCGGGAACUGAUGAAAAGCAAACAGGCGGAAAAGGAGAGGAAGUUAGAAAAGAGCCUGGAGGCAUCUAGCAGGUCCGGGUCCACCAAGGAGAGGAUAUCGGGAUCCUCCAAGAGGCUCCUUGAAAGUGAGGAGCACCCCAAGUCACUGUCUUCGAAGAGCAGCAACAAGGAGUCCCGGUCGGCUAAGGCGCACAAGGAGAAAUCCAGGAAGGAUCGGGAGCUCAAGUCCAGCCACAAAGAGCGCAGUAAAAGCCAUAGGAAAAGGGAUGCUCCAAAAAGUUACAAAAUGAUUGACAGCCCAAAGCGGAAAUCCAGGAGUCCCCACAGAAAAUGGUCUGACAGCCCUAAGUUGGAUGACAGCCCCUCAGGAGCCUCCUACAUCCAGGAGUACGAUCUCAGCCCUCCCCGCUCUCACACCUCCAGUAAUUACGAUCCCUAUAGGAAGAGCCCCGGCGGCUCCUCGCGCCGCCCGUCCAUCAGCCCACCCUACAAGGAGCCGGCAGCCUACCAGUCCAACACGCGCUCGCCCAGCCCGUACAGCCGGCGCCAAAGGUCCAUCAGCCCCUACAACCGGAGGCGCUCCUCCAGCUACGAGCGAGGCAGCGGGUCGUACAGCGGGAGGUCGCCCAGCCCUUACAGCCGCCGGCGCUCCAGCAGCCCUUUCACUGCGAAACGCUCCGUGAGCCGGAGCCCCAUCGCCAGGAAAUCUGUGAAGUCCCGGAGCCGAAGUCCUGCCUAUUCAAGACACUCAUCAUCUCACAGUAAGAAGCAGAGGUCUGGCUCGCGCAGUCGCCAUUCCAGUAUAUCCCCCACGAGGCUGCCGCUCAACUCCAGCCUGGGUGCCGAGCUCAGCAGGAAGAAAAAGGAACGAGCGGCGGCAGCGGCGGCUGCAGCCAAGGUGGAUGGAAAGGAGGCGAAGGGCUCACCCGUUUUCCUGUCCCGAAAGGAGAACAGCUUAGCUGACCUCAAGGAGCCUGGAACAGAACCGAAGAAGGUCAUUAAAACUGUUAAAUCUGAAAAAUCUUCUUCAGAUACGGAAUUAGUUAAUUUACUGUAUACGAAUGCAGAGACUAAAGCCCCUGCAGAGACAACAAAACCCAAGGCAGAGGAGAACUCUGAGAGGAAACAUCCUGUUCCAGUUAGAGAAUCCAAACAGCCGGGAACAAAAGACUUGAAGCCUGCAGCGGUGGUAGAGGACCUCCUGUCUCCAAAAGAGCCGGACACGGCAGAGAAGGAGAUUCCACCCCCACUACCCUCAAUAAAAUCACCUCCUCCGCCUCUGCCGACAACCACGCCGCCGCCUCCGACUCCGCCGCUGCCGCCUUUGCCUCCGUCACCCGCUGUUCCGCCUUUGCCGCCGUCCCAGCUGCCCCCCGUUCAGGUCCCUACUUCAGCCCCAUCGUCUUUGCCACCCUCUUCCCACCCAAGGACGUCUACUUUAUCCUCUCAGGUGAACUCUCAGUCCUCUGUCCAAGUCGCUACAAAAACACAAGUGUCUGUGACGGCUGCUAUCCCGCACCUGAAAACGUCAACGUUGCCUCCGCUUCCGCUCCCCCCUAUUUUAGUUGGGGAAGAUGACUUGGAUAGUCCAAAAGAGAUUCUUCCUCCAAAACCUGUGAAGAAAGACAGAGAGCAGAGACCACGACACUUACUCACGGACCUCCCGCUCCCCCCAGAGCUCCCUGGGGGGGACCCGUCUCCUCCCGACUCCCCGGAACCAAAGGCAGCCACACCACCUCAGCAACCCUUCAAAAAGAGACCAAAAAUCUGUUGUCCUCGCUAUGGGGAAAGGAGACAGACAGAAAGCGACUGGGGGAAGCGUUGCGUGGACAAGUUUGAUAUUAUCGGGAUUAUUGGAGAAGGGACGUACGGGCAGGUGUACAAAGCCAAGGACAAGGAUACAGGUGAAUUGGUAGCUCUCAAGAAGGUGCGACUGGACAACGAGAAGGAAGGUUUCCCCAUCACGGCCAUCCGGGAGAUCAAAAUCCUUCGGCAACUGAUCCACCGCAGCGUCGUUAACAUGAAGGAAAUUGUCACGGACAAACAAGAUGCACUGGAUUUCAAGAAGGACAAAGGUGCCUUUUACCUUGUGUUUGAGUACAUGGACCAUGACCUAAUGGGGCUGCUAGAAUCCGGCUUGGUACAUUUCUCAGAGGACCAUAUCAAGUCUUUCAUGAAACAGUUAAUGGAGGGUCUGGAUUAUUGUCACAAGAAGAAUUUCCUUCAUCGAGAUAUUAAAUGCUCCAACAUCUUAUUGAACAACAGUGGGCAAAUCAAGCUUGCAGAUUUUGGACUCGCCCGACUCUACAGCUCAGAGGAGAGCCGUCCAUACACAAAUAAAGUCAUUACAUUAUGGUAUCGACCUCCAGAGUUGCUGCUAGGCGAGGAGCGUUACACGCCAGCCAUAGAUGUGUGGAGCUGUGGCUGUAUCCUCGGGGAACUGUUUACAAAGAAGCCUAUUUUUCAAGCCAAUCUGGAACUGGCUCAGCUUGAAUUAAUCAGCCGGCUCUGCGGGAGCCCCUGUCCAGCGGUGUGGCCGGACGUCAUCAAGUUGCCCUAUUUCAACACUAUGAAACCGAAGAAGCAAUACCGAAGGCGCCUGCGUGAGGAGUUCUCCUUCAUUCCUUCGUCUGCCCUCGACCUGCUGGACCACAUGCUGACGCUGGACCCCGGCAAGCGCUGCACGGCGGAGCAGGCGCUGCAGAGCGACUUCCUUAGGGACGUUGACCUCAGCAAAAUGGCACCUCCAGACCUCCCGCACUGGCAGGAUUGCCACGAGCUGUGGAGCAAGAAACGCCGGCGGCAGCGGCAAAGCGGGAUCGCAGUGGAGGAGCCACCGUUAUCAAAAGUUUCUCGGAAAGAAACUACCUCUGUUACGAGCACAGACACUGUCAAAAACAACAGCAGUCCUGUGCCCCCACAGCCUGCCCAGCUCAAAGCGGAGUCUGGCGCUGGAGAUGCAGUAGGCCUUGGAGAAAUCACCCAGCAGCUAAAUCAGAGCGAACUGGCUGUUUUACUGAACUUGCUGCAGAGCCAGACCGAUCUGAGCGUCACGCAGAUGGCCCAGCUGCUGAACGUGCACUCUAACCCCGAGAUGCAGCAGCAGCUGGAGGCUCUCAACCAGUCCAUCACCGCGCUGACCGAAGCCACCGCGCAGCAGCACGAGGCUCCGCCGGCGGCCCCGGCGGAGGAAGCCAUAGAAGAGCCGCCCGCCGAGGCGCAGCUACCGGAGGAGCAGGCGACUCCAGACUCGGCCGGCGCUCAGGGAGACAUGCAGAACGUGCUGGCCGUUCUGCUGAGCCAGCUGAUGAAGAGCCAGGAACCCGUCCUGACGCUGGACGAAAGCAACGGGGAGAAGAGCAGCGAGCAGCGGGGGCCGAGGAAAACCCCGACGGUGCACCCGGAGGAAAGCGCAGCGUGUCCUCCUCGCAUUGUCCCACCAGAGAAGAGACCCCCCGAGCCCCCGGGACCUCCGCCGCCUGCUCCGCUGUCCGAAGGCGACGUGUCCAGCGCGGCGCCGGAGCUGCCCCCGGCCGUCACCGCUGCCUUGCUCCAGCUCUUUUCUCAGCAAGAAGCGGAUCCGCUCGCCCAGGAGCACCAAACCUCCUCCCGACCCUCGGACUACGGCCGCUCCCGCCCCUCCAGGACUUACAGCGCCGAGGGCUCCGAGGGGGGAUUCGCCGCCGAGGAGCUGAAUUUGGGUCAGACGCUGCUCGAACCCUCUGGCCAAGCUCUGGGGAAGGGCAGGACCUUCUUGGGCUCCGUGAGCCACCUCGGCGAGACCAGCAGUUACCAGGGCACGGGAUCAGUCCAGUUUCCAGGGGACCAGGACCUGCGCUUCGCCAGAGUCCCCGUCCACUCGCUCGGCCAAUCCUUCCCGAAAACAGAGGGGAGCGGCGGCAGCAACAACAACAACAACGCGCUGGUGCAUCCGGAGGCCAAAAUUCAGACUUACGGUGAACUGGGAGCGGGAGGCGCCGGUUCCAGCGGGGCAGGGACUGGGCACAAUUGGGGCGCCCCCACCCAGGCGGCUUCUUCAUACGGGAAGACGUUCCGAGGGCCCGGCCGGGUGCCCCCGCGGGGGGGGCGGGGCAGGGGGGUCCCCUACUGAGCCGCUCCCCGCUUUAGUGACAUGACUUUAGUCUUUUUGGCCAGAGCGAGGUCUCAUCUGCAUUUCAGCCGCUGCAAAGCCCCCCCUUGUUAUUCCUCGCUCUGCUCCCGACGAGCGCCCCGGGAUUUACCCCACUCGGGGCGUCUUGCUGGGUUUAAACCUCUUGCGCUUGGUUAGCGACAAAUUAAAGAGAAAUAGAAUAAACCCACCGCUACUGGUGGGAUUUCUGCCCUGAACCGGGGGGAAUUGCUUAAGGAAUGAAACAAACCCAAGCAAGAAUACAUAUAUAUAUAUUUCACAAGGUGGGCGCUGGUGCUUCUGGGUGUUCAGGGGGGGCUGGGGAGAGUCUCUUCCCAAAGCAAUUUGUUGUUUAGUUGUUUUUCCUCAAUCCCCUUUCAAAACUUCAAUACAAUAUGGGGAUAUGUUGAUGCCUGGAUGGGGCAUCCUGGCUCUGAGCCCCAGGAUGGACUCGAUUUACCCAAAAAUCGCUUCUUUCCAUAAAGCAUCAGCCUCACCCUCUGUUUCUGUCCUGCCCUGGCAGCUCCGGGUCCCUUUUGGUGAAAAACUCAUCAAAUUGGCUUUUCUGGAGGGUCUCUGGGUUCCCCAGAACUUUGCAGUGAGAAUCAUCUUUUAUUUGGAAUCAUCUUUUAUUUGGGAAAACAAACCCAAUUUUUGGUGGGGAAGUGCCACCAGGUAGGAGCAUCUUUGUCCCCGCUGUCCCCUCGGAGGCGUCACCAGGUGUUAAUGUAUCAUUUCUAUAAGCAUAUAUAUAUUUUUGUUGUUGUCAAGGAAGUAUUUAGGCUUCAUUUCCUCCUCCCGCAGAACAUUGCGAUGUUGUCUGUUUCGAUGAGGCUUAAAAAGAGAUGAAUAAAGCAAAGGUACAUAUUUAUGAGCUUUUUCUGUUGUUGUUCUGAGUAGGACUUUCCUAUGGAAAACAGAGGGUUCUUUUAAUUUUAGAGACGACUGUUGUGGAGUGUUAAACGGGUGGGAGUCGGGGGGCCCAGAGACCUUCUUGUUACUAACAGGCUUUGAUUUCUUUUUAUACAGAGAGAUAAAUGUAAAGGAAAAUAAACCCACAAGAAUAAAUAGGCACCCGGAUAGGUGCUGCUUCUCUAGCUGGGGAAACCUGCCUUACACAGCCGGACCCGCAGCUCUGCCGCGGGGGAACGAGGGGAGAGAGAAGAAAUACAUAUAUAUAUAUAUAUAUGUAUAUGUAUGUGGUGCUGGUGAUGUGCGAGCGUUGAGCCAGCACCGAGGGGCGACACCGUUUGCAAUUUCCAAGUGUAGAUUUGUUGGGUUUGGUUUGAUUUUAAAUUAUCACCAAUUCACGCCUGAUGUGCAUUAAAAGUUCAGUAGGACACCCAGUGCAGUGAAUGAACCCAUUGUCUCCCCAGGGGGUGAUUUCGAUACCUUUGCCUCCCCCCUGGGGCUGUAUCUCCAUCACCCAUUUAUUUUGGUGCUGAGGACCCCAUUGGGGGGGCUCCUGUCCGUCUGUCCCCCCUCACGCACAGGACAGACGGCCCGAACUUCUGUCCUUGCUCUGGGGCGGCACCUGCGGGGUCCCCAUUGUCACUGUCUCCCCCUCCCAUCCCGGUUGCCCCCCCAGGGAGCUUUGGGCAGCGACCAGUUGCUCCAUCCCCAUCUUAACUGGUCCCAGCAAGAGGCUUCAAUCUCAAAGGGAACACACGGGGCUUCCCCCACCGCCUCUUUUUUCCUUUAAAUUUCAUUUUUCAAAGGGUUUCUAUACAAACAACACAAAGGGGGAAACCUGAUGGUGUUAAGGGAUUUAAAUUGUGGUUCAGGUUGCGGCUCCCCCUCCUUCCCCCCCGGUUUGGGGUUCGGUGCCGACGGCGCCGUCGCCCGUUACCCAGCAGAGAAGCGGCCGCUCGGCCCCACCGUGAACUCCCCCCGGUUCCCUUUUCAGGCUGAACGCGCCUUUUUUUUGUUGUUUCCUUUCGGUUGUACCUUUGUCUCUGUACAGAUAUUUUGUAAUAUAUUAAAUUUGUUUCUUUUCAGUUUAUAAAAAUGGAAAAAAGCGGAGAUUGGAAAAUUAAACUAUUUCCUGUUACGGUA